UUCCCCCCCCCCCCUGUACUCCUCCCAGCUGAAGCUCCACCGCGCUUCGCUCCCGCCAGGAGGAGUUCCUGUCAGCAACCUGUUCGUCACGUAGGCAACGCCCCAAGCCCCGCCCCCCAGCCCGCUGGGAUCUCUUUGAAUGUAACAGUGGUUUGGGGGGAGGGAAUCUACACAUUGGAAGUUUUUGGAUGUUGGCAAUGCACCUUCUCUUCCUCCAUGGUUUCCUCAACUCCCACGCCGCCUUCUGUGUGUGGAACAGGAGGCCGAGGAAUACUGGAGAUCAGGGCGGACCACAGUUUGGGAUGACAUGUCAUUUGGCUGGCCCAGUGAUGCUAAUCGGCCCGUAGGCUGUGGGAUCAUUUCUGGUUUGAGGAGCAUGAAAACCAAAUAUUGAAAGAAAUGUGUUAGAACAACAGUGUUUUAGUUGAUAUUUUGGGUGCAUUGCUCGUGAUCGUGGCUCCUAGCAGCCCGGCCAUCGCUUGUAGUACUCUCUUCUUUUUUUUUUUUCAUGCUAAUCUGUCUUUUAAAUCUCCCUUUCACAAAACCCUCUCUACACCCAGCGAGUUGCCCAAACCUCUGAGCUACACAUUUGACAAUCCUUCAAAUUUAGCGCAGAACUUUUAUUUUGAGGUGCAGCUGGCGACGUCUGGUUUGGGUGGGUGCUGAUGGAGUCGCCUGUAUGUUGGCUCAGGACUCCAGCAGGCUUUGACCCAUCUGCGUCUGUUUGCACAGGAAGUCCUUUGUAUAUUUCCCCUGCUUGGAGUCGGGGGACAGAGACAAGUGAUGUCACAAAGACACCACCGGCCUUACUCAUUGGCACACGUGUCCCAGCGGACCUUCAGACCUGGACCGUGCAACUUCAGUAUUAAGUGUUUCCUUCAGUCACCCCCCCACCCCAACACACACACACGUAACCACAGCUUCUGCAAUAAAUCCACCAGUAUAAGGUGUUUUGUACAUACACAUUUUGAGAAGAGGGAAGCGGCUUGCAUGUGACCUGCAGCACCCGCCCACCUGCUGCUCUGACAGCCGGCACGUCGGCGUCGUCAUCGGCGUCGCUGUCGUCGGACUCACUUCUGAUUCAAUGUGGCAGUGAAGGCGGAACUCGUAUGAGCGGAAACCCUCCACCUUUAUUCGUAUUUAUUUCAGUGUUAGGUCCAAGGUAACCAGCAGCUAUAGAAGUCUCUCUUUUAGUUGCCGGUAGUUUUCCCCAUCUGAUCAGAGUCAGUUGUUGAUAUGAUUUGUACCGUUAUCGUUCUGCCUUUUAAUGUUAAUGAAAAACAAGCGCACGGCGCGCUGUUUUAGUUGAGCGGGGGCCAAUUGUGGUUAUUUAAGUAAACGAAUGUACAGACUUAUUAUAUGUUAUGAUCAGCUUUUUAAGCAUUUGGUACCGAGAAUGAUUUUUGGCAACAUGCAGCGCUGUAAUAGACCCUCCUGCACUCUGUCCCGAAGCCCCCCCCCCCCCCUCUGGGAGCAUUAGUCAGCCUGCUGCUGAUGGCACAGCUCACUGCUGCUCUAUGCAUGUUCUGCAGUACCCUGUCAUGUGAUACCCACGCCUGUAUUUAUAUAUUUCAUUUGAUUCGUCCUCAUGAUAAACUGUACAGAAGGCUUUUUGUUGUUGCUGUUAACUUCCACCUGUGAUACGUUUGCAACAAUGUAAACUGCUCUAGAAAUAAACCCACUUAAGAACUGAUCGGAAAGUCUUCUGGUUAUUGAUCCCGAAUUUCACACCCGCCAAUCACAAUCAAAGCGGCUGCGUCUGGGGCUGCGUCUGGGGGCGGGGGGGGUGAAACAUUAACCUGGGAGAACGUCACAUGACCUGCUCCUAAUCUGUGUCCCGCUGGAGGAGCCGAUGGGAUCAAACUUCCCUAUUAUGAGUCAGCCAUUGACCUGCAAGUUGAAACCUCCUCAGACCUGUUUUCACACAAGGUGGUUCCAUUGACUUGCAUUCAAUCAGGCUCCCCGCGAGCUUUUCUCCCUUUCCAAACGCUUUGUUGCCCCGAGUGAGUUGGAAGGCCACUUUUAGGGCCCAGGCUGACCGGUCGGUCAGGUGAAAAGCUGCUCUCAGUGCAGCAGCCUGGCUGAACGCUGGCGUGGGAGGUGUGGCCGAGGUGUCUCCGCCCCUCAGAGGUCGGAGGUACGCCCGAUGACAUCGCCCGGCCUAUAUAAGGGGCAGGCGCCGAGGUCUGCCUGCAAAACCUUUUCUGCUGCCGUCUGAGGAAGCCCCCCCCCCCCACCCCACGAGACACCAGAAGACACCGCACUGGGAAAUAUGCUGGCCUGCCAUUCCCAGCACUCUGCUAGUUACAUUAGAGAGGCCUUGGCGCCUUUCCUGAAGGACGAAGAAGCCCGGCUCAUGGCCGAGCGCGGUGCAAAGAGGAGCGCCGUGCAGCACCUCCUGUGUGCAGCCACCUCGCCGGCCCGGAAGCAGCAGGAGGAGAGUCUCACUUACCUCAACCAAGGUCAGUCCUACGAAAUCCGUAUGCUUAACAGCAAACUAGUGGAGUAUACAGGCAGCAAAUAUGUGAAGAGCAUCGUGCGCGUGGUGUUUCAUGACCGUCGGCUGCAGUAUUUGGAGCAUCAGCAGCUGGAGGGAUGGAGGUGGAGCCGACCUGGAGACCGAAUCCUGGAUGUAGAUAUCCCGUUGUCAGUGGGGAUACUGGAGCCCCGUUCACACCCUCUGCAUCUCAACACCAUUGAGUUCCUCUGGGAUCCUUUCAAGAACGCCUCUGUUUUCAUCCAGGUCAACUGCAUCAGCACUGAGUUUACCCCCAGGAAGCACGGUGGCGAGAAAGGAGUGCCCUUUCGCAUCCAGCUAGAUACAUUCACCACCAAUGAAAAGGGAGAAUACAUGGAGCACGUCCAUUCUUCUGACUGCCUGGUCAAAGUCUUCAAGCCCAAAGGAGCUGAUCGCAAACUGAAGACCGACAGGGAAAAGAUGGAUAAAAAAGUCCCUGAAGACAGAGCCAAGUACCAACUGUCCUACGAGAACACCGUGCUAAAAGAGUGUUCUCCCUGGCCCGAUGCCCUGAGUCUCAGCAGCCACAGCAGCAGCGGCUCCCCGUCGCCCGUUUACCAAAACUCCCCCCCCUCCUGCGGCUUUACAGAUGGCAACUGUUCUCCCAACCAGCCGCCGGAGCUGCUCAGCUGCUGUGAUCACCUUCUGCCAUCGUCCACGCCACAGGACACCCAGCUGUGGCUUCACCAGUACCGCUUCUCAGCGCUCUCAAGGCUCUUCUGCAGCUUCUCCGGUGCCGAUCUGUUGCGAAUGAGCAGGGAGGACCUGAUCCAGGUCUGCGGCCCAGCAGACGGCAUCCGCCUCUUCAACACUAUGAAAGGAAGGUGCGUUCGGCCCCGACUCACCCUCUAUGUGUGCCAGCAGGCGGCCGGACGUCCGCCGCCCAACACGCCAGUCUAUCACGCUGUGUACCUGGGGGAGCUCACACUGUUGGACCUCUCGGAAAAGAUCGCUGUGCUUUACGGCGUCAGUCCGCAGCAAAUCACUCACAUCUACAGAGAGAAAGCCAGCGGGAUCCACCUCUCGGUCUCUGACGAGAUGGUGCAGAACUUCAGGGAGGAAAGCAGCUUCCUCCUCAGCAUUAUGAGAGAUGUAAACGCUGACGGCUUCCAUGUCGUGCUGAAAUGAACAACAGGUCCUCAGAGAAUCAGUGGCGUUGUACAGCUUGUAUGUGUGUCCUUCUGGAGUACAAUCUGUAACAUGUAACAGGAUCUACUGUACUGUAGCUUUUGUUUCGCUGUUGAUUUUGUGCUUAAAAGUUUUCUCUUAAUUUUCUUCUUUUUGUAUUAAGUUACUGAUUCAUGCCCUUUAAUCACAGGUAAACAUGUGUUCAUUAUGUAUUAUAUUAAUGCCAUUCAUUAAGUAUUCAGCCCCUUUUGUACCAUUACAAACUGGAAUUCCCAUUUGAUCAACACAACAUGCUUUGAAUGUACAAACUAUCUUUAUUGUGGCACAGACAUUAAUGAGAACAAAAAGUUGACAUCUGUUGGAUGGAUUCACCCCCAUCAGUCAAUACUUGGUCGAACCCCCUUUUGCUGCAAUUACGGCUGCAAGUCAUUUGGGGUUUGUCUCCACCAGCUGCACAUCUGGAGAUGGAAAUGUUUGUCCGUUCUUCUUGGGAAAAAAAGAGCUGAAGCUCAGUCAGACUGGAUGGAGACCGUCUGUGAACAGACAGAUUCCCAAGUGGUUUGAGAUGGGAACUUUAAAAAGUUAACAUGCUGUUGGGAAAACGUAAAUAAUGUUUCGUUACAUGACAGUGAGUCUGUGCCGUUUAUAAAGAGACAUAUUGUGUCAAAUGAUAGUUAACAUGUUUUAUUACUUGUAUGUGUCAAUUCUGUCUCCUACUCGCAAGUAUUAUUUAAUAAAUAGAUGUUUAAUGAUUUCA